UGGCGCGAGACAUCGUGAAUCAUAUUAAUAACAACAAAUGGAGCGAUGAAUAUACAGUUAUAUCUCAAUGAGCAGGAGCGAAAUUUAAUGUUUGUGGAUAUUGAUGUGGAGCCUCUGGAUGUUCAACCAACUUUCACAACUGCUUAAUCUAAAAUAUAAUCUGGAAGUUUGUUGAAUCGGCAUUUCCGUUAGAAGAACCGACUAUCUUUCCUAUGUCGGUUUCUCAUCAGACAUCAGUGGUCAGCACCCCCCUUCCCCUGCCUGCCCACUUCUAUCACGCCCAGCAGUCCUUCUCCCUGAAGAAACGCAGACAGCCCUUCUCUUCCUCCACAUCAUCAUCCUCACUGUCCCCGCCCCGACCGCUCUCUUUUUCUUCACCACCGCGGCCCCCAUCUAAAGGAUGCCCCCCAGUCAGUCGGGUGUUUGCCCACCGCCCUGCCCCCUGGACGCCCCUGUCACACUCUCUUAUAGAGUCUCCCCCUCCUCGCUCUGUGUAUGACCCAUGUCGACCGCAGCCAUUCUUCAGCCAGUGUUUUAUCAACCUGGGCCUUAUUGGACGAGGCUCCUUUGGUGAAGUGUUCAAGGUGGAGAGUCUUGCUGAUGGCUGCCAGUAUGCUGUCAAGCGUUCAGUGCAGCGUUUCCGUGGUGAAGGUGAGCGAGCCAGGAGCAUAAAUGAAGCUCGUAAUCAUGAAGGAUUGCAUUCUCACCCUCAUGUGCUGGGCUUCAUUGCUGCCUGGGAGGAGGCCGGUCACCUGUACAUUCAGACUGAACUCUGCUGCACCAGUCUACUGCUAUACGCUGAAGAACAGCCUUCACACACUGGUGAGGCGUGUGCCUGGACAUACCUGUGCGACAUGCUCUCAGCACUCGAGCACCUGCACACUCAAGGGUUUGCCCACCUGGACAUCAAACCAGCAAACGUUUUCCUCACCAAGUCUGGACGCCUCAAACUUGGAGACUUUGGCUUGUUGCUCAAGCUUUCCACAGAUGCCCAAACACAAGGGAUAGAGAUAGAGAAAGAAACGGGGAGAGAGCAGGAGGAUUUACAGGAAGGAGACCCCAGAUACAUGGCCCCAGAGCUACUCAGAGGAGAGUAUGGGUCAGCCGCAGACAUCUUCAGUUUGGGAGUGUCUAUUCUGGAGUUGGCUUGUAACAUUGAGGUUCCUAAAGGAGGAGAUGGAUGGCAGCAGCUCAGACAGGGACACUUACCAGCUGAAUUCACCAAUGCACUGUCAGCAGACUUGCAGUAUGUACUACGGCUCAUGCUGACCCCAGAGCCCUGCGACAGAGUCACGGCACAGCAGCUGCUUUCACUGCCCUCAGUGUGCAAACACAAGUGGAGACGACAGCUGUCUCUCUGCGCCAUCGAGAGCUUCCUGUCCCUAUUCCACUUCUGUCAAUCCCUCCUGAUGGCCGGUUGGAGAUUUCUAUCCUCCCUCAAUGUGCCGUUUAUUCCUCUCUUCGCCUCCUCUCCCCCCUGCACUCCUCCCAGAGAGAGAGGGGACAGAGACAUUGAUGUGAGCAACAUUCACUCUGACUCCGACAGUCCCACUCAUCACAGUGUGUUCAUAACAGAAGACCACCAACACUCUCCAACCUUCUCACACAGAGUCCAAGCGAGGUUAUCUGUGAGCAGCACAUCUACUCCACUGGCACACACACCCACACACAUCAGUGCCAAACACACUCCCUCCAGCAUCCACUCAAGCAGUAGCCUGAGUCCCAUACACCACAAUUCUCAUCACAGUCUCAUCACAGACUCGCCACACAGCCGCAGCUCUAGCUGGAUCCGCACUGAAGCAGCCAAUAAAAGCAUCUUUGAGCCGAAGAACUUGCUUAGUCUCUUUGAUGAGACAACACUAGACGACGAGUGCUAGUAUACAUCAUUAGCUGUAUAGAGAUUCAAUAUUUAAUAUCAGUUUAGUUUGCCUUGUCUUGGUGCCAUUUUUUUUUUCGAUAUGAGCUAUUUAUGUGGGCAAACAUUUAAAGGCAUGUUUAGACCUGAUUUUGGGUUUAUUUUUUUAUGUAUCACUAGUUAGUCAUCCUUUGCUAUAUGUCUGAAGACUUCAGAUUGAUGUAUAUCAUUAAGAGAAAAAUAUAUACUGAUAUAUACUCUUUAAAUUGUGCUUGUAAGUAUUUAGUGAAAUGUUGGUACUUUUCA